GCUGCCGCCACCUAUGUUUUGUAAUAUUUACAGUCUAUGGUUUUGUCACACAGACUCCGCCCCGCUCAGCUGCUCAGUUUUAUAAAACCAGCGAACACACCGACUCAGACAGAGCUGACUUUAUCUGCCUGCAGAGGAACAAAACCAGAAACGACUAUGGGGGUCACAGUAAGAGUUGAAUACUGUGGUGGAUGAGGAUACGAACCCCGCUAUAGGGAACUCGCCAAGGGUAUCAAGGAUGAGUUUCCUGAGGCGGUGGUGUCAAGCUUUGUGGGAAGAACAGGCAACUUUGAGAUUGAAGUCAACGGGCAGCUGAUCUUCUCCAAGUUGGAGUUGGGUGGCUUCCCUCACGAGGAUGAUAUAAGGAAUGCAUUGGAGAACGCCUGCGCUGGGAAACCCGUGCAGAAGAUCACCAAAAGCAAGGCGCCAUGCAUUAUCAUGUAAACAUCUCUGUCCUGCCUUUUUUACCAUCGACUGCAUCAACACAAGCCUGUGCAACUGUACACUGCCAACACCACCUCUGGCCUAACUCCAUUCUUCGAAACGGUCAGGGAUAGACACCACACUUGGUACGACAACAAAAAAAAGAUGCAAUAUGACAACUUGCUGCUUUCUGUGAUGCAGAUCGUCAAACUCUUCUCUGCCCUCUGGCUCCCCUCUCUGUUCUCAUCGUGGCGCUUCAGUGCUGUUAAUGAUUGCCCCAGACGUAAACUUAAAGGUUGGGGUAUGAUGAAUCCAUGCCUGGAGUUGCCUACUUUGUAGGGACUGAGACUGGGAGAAGCUGUUGCAAGAAGGGUUUUAAAGGCACUUGAUUUAAUUAUCCUACAACCUUAUUGCCUGGAAUUUUUUGAAUUACUGCUUGACUUUGUUUUUUGGCAUUUUUGUUUCUUUAUUUCUCAUGUGGUUAUCAGUUUAAUUUGUAUGUUCAUUGGCAUUGCAAAGUAGUGCAGCAUACUUUUAUUUUUUUAAGCAACAUGAAGGGAAACUCUUUACAGCGACCUCUUCCUUCCUCUUUCCUUAUGUACAAACGCUUCCAUUACAACGUGACGCUACGUCACAUAAUUCGUAGGUGGUGACCUUUUGCACUACUAGUCUUGCAAAAUUAAAGUGAUUAGAAUCUCUUGGGUAAUUCAAACUGGUUCUCAAUCGAUCAUCAUGAGUGCAUCUGAAGACCACCGCCCACUGGUCUGUCAGCUCACAGCUUGUAAGAUCGGCUCAUUUCCCACAAAUAAUCGGCACUUUUUCCUCAAAACUGUAAACUUCAAAUAAAGGUUCAGCUUGUUUAA